AUGUGGCCCGGCUGCGGCGGGCGUUUCUACUGGGCGCCGGAAUCGGCGCCGCCGGCGGGGCAGGCGAGGGGCGUCGCGGUUCUGUUCGCGUGGGUGUGGAGCGACGAGGCGCAGCUGCGGCCGUUCGUCGAGCUGUACUCCUCGCUCGGGUGGCGCUGCCUCGUCUGCCACCCCGACCUCGUCGCGCUAUAUCUCUCUGAGAAAGCAACAUCACUGGCAACUGGUGUUAUUAGUGAGCUGGUCAAGGAACUGAGAGUAAAACCUGUGCCAACUGUUCUUGCUUCCUUUUCUGGUGGCUCAAAGGGAUGCAUGUACAAGGUUAUUCAGUUACUAGAUGGAAUAUGUGAAGGAGAUGCAACCAUGAAGGACUAUCGGUUAGUGAGAAACUGUAUCUGCGGGCAAAUUUAUGACUCUAGCCCUGUAGAUUUUGUCAGUGAUGUGGGCACCCAGGCUUUUGGAAAUUCAUCUCAGUCAACUAUAUUACGUUCAUGGAUGGCAAAGGCUCUAGCUUCUGGCAUGGAUACUCUCUUCCCAAGCAGGAUUGAAGCUCAGCGUGCAGAGUACUGGCACACACUAUACUCAGCAGCAGGAUUGGGUCCUGUUCUUAUAUUUUGCUCAGAAGAUGAUAAUCUUGCUCCAUGCCACAUUAUCUGUGGUUUUGCAAGGCGUUUGAUUGAACUAGGCACGGAGGUUAAACUUAUGAAAUGGAGUGACUCCCAACAUGUCGACCAUUACAAUUCACAUGAAACUGAAUACAGAAGAGCUGUAGAUGCUAUGUUGAAGAAGGCUCUUGUUACCUUCUGCCACCGAAGCCAACUAUAUGACUCAAAUAUGGCUGGUGACCAGGAGUACAAGAUAGCGCACUCGGUGUGCAGUCUACACAAUGCUGCAGCCAAUUCAAAUGAGAGCUUAAGAAGGGUAGCUAACAGUCCUAGUGAUCACUUCUUCUUGCCAAGUUCGAAGGAUCAUGAUGAAUCUCGGGAACCUGGUUCUCUGAUUGAGGAUCAGAGGCGCAACAUGUCCCAUCCACCCUGCAUGGAGCCUAAAGGAGUCCUUGGCCAAAUCCUGUUUGAUGUUUGUGUUCCGAAAAAUGUUGAAGGAUGGGACAUCAAGCCGACAGUGUCCCCAAAUGGACGGCCAACAUUUGCUUCUGCCCGGCAACUUGGUCCAUUCAAUCCCAUCAGGUACUUCCGACCUAGAGAACCUGUUGACGAGCUCUACUACCCAGCUAGAGAACCUGUUGAUGAGCUCUACGAGAUAAACAUCUCACCACUUGCGGAUCAGAUUGCUCUGAGUGCCUGUGAAAGCCUACCAAAAGAAUCUGAUUCUCAUUAA